AAUUUCGCCGGAGUUUCACAAACCCUAAAUACCCGCUCACUAGUUCGGAACCUAAUUUGUCAAGCUGGUAAUGAAGAGCUCGCCGCGUAGAGCUUUCGACGUGUUCGAUUUCAAGGAAGAGGAUGAGCUCCCUGAAUUGGAGGCCGGGAGAAAAUUCCUCGAGAAAUUAAAAAACCCCAAUCUCGAUGAUCAUGCCGUGUUGAAGUACGAGUUUCUCGAAUGCGCUGCCCAGGGAGAGGAAGCCAACAUCGAAAGAAAGGAGGACGGCUGUGUACAUUCUGUAGAUGUUGAUGCAAUUGACUGUGACCGUAGUUGUGAGAAUGCUGAAUCAUAUACCCCUCUGGACCCAGAGGAAGAGAACUUUACCCAAAAGGAAGAGUUGUCUGUGCUGGAUACUGGUCUGCAUUCCAGUUCUGUUAGUCAAGAACAACCUGAUUUUAUAUUAGAAACUAACAAAUCCAGAAAUUUCCCUUCUGAACUGGAGAGAAAAGAUUCGUGCCCUGAAGCUCCUCCACCAGGGAAAGGCCAGAUAAAUUAUGACCUUUUGAAGUCUCCGUCGUCCAGUAAUGAGCCAGUUGAUGUAGUCUCGGAUGCUGAUGAGAGCAUGAAUGGGAAUUCUCCAUCAAGUCCUACUUCUGAAAUUGCAGAUGAUAGUGUUUCAUUAAAUGGCUAUUCAUCAGAUCAUUGCUUUGGCAGUAUGGAAAUGGAUGACAUAUAUAUGGAGGUCGUGCUUUGUCCUGAUUAUGUUAUAUAUCGAGAUAUUUAUUGUACAGCCCCCCUGUUAACUUUUUCACGCAGUUCCAUCAAAAUCAGUGGUUCAACUCCUCACGAAAAUGAAGGAACCUUUGAAUUUGAAUGUGGAGUUGAUGAUCUUAUUGAUAUUGGGUGCCAGUGGAUGCAAAGAGUUGAAACUGUCACUAUAAAGCUCCGUGUAAUAGCGAAGGAUGUAGCUCAAACUAAUAAUGUUUGUAGCACUUCAGGCAUUGAGGAAUUAAAGAUUGCAGUUGUUGACCCUAAUUGGUCCCACAAACAGGAAGUGAUCACCUCGAUGAAUGUAAAGUACAUGGCUGUAUGGAAUAUCAUGGUUGAUACGGACCUGGGAAUGGAUGGGGAUGAAUUACAUGGACAGAGGCAUUAUUUUCCAAAUUUUGAUCAGCCUUUUGAAGAUGUUGUCUAUCCAAAAGGGGACCCUGAUGCUGUUUCCAUCAGUAAGAGAGAUGUUGAUCUAUUACAACCGGAAACAUUCAUAAAUGAUACGAUCAUUGAUUUUUACAUCAAGUAUUUGAAGAAUCAGAUUCAACCUGAGGAUAAACACCGUUUCCACUUUUUUAAUAGUUUUUUCUUUCGGAAGCUGGCUGACAUGGACAAAGAUCCAACUAGUGCUUCUGACGGUCGGGCUGCUUUUCUACGUGUUCGUAAAUGGACGAGGAAAGUUGAUAUAUUUGAGAAAGAUUACAUAUUCAUUCCUAUAAACUUCAAUCUGCAUUGGAGCCUAAUAGUCAUAUGUCAUCCUGGUGAAGUGGCUAGAUUAGAGGAUGAAGAUUUGGAGAAGUCGCCUAAAAUAUCAUGUAUAUUGCAUAUGGAUUCUAUCAAAGGAAGUCAUACGGGUAUAAAAAAUCUUAUUCAAAGUUAUUUGUGGGAAGAGUGGAAAGAGAGGCAAAAAGAGACACGGGAAGAUAUCUCAUCCAAAUUCCUCAACCUGCGGUUUGUCUCACUUGAGCUGCCACAGCAGGAGAAUUCAUUUGAUUGUGGUCUGUUUUUGCUCCACUAUCUGGAGCUCUUUUUGGCUGAAGCUCCUGAUAAUUUCAGUCCAUUCAAAAUAAUAAAUCCCUCCAAGUUUCUUAAUGUGAAUUGGUUUUCGCCUGCUGAGGCUUCCCUCAAGCGAACUCUUAUCCAGAGGUUAAUAUUUGGACUCCUUAAAAGUUCUCCCGAAGUCUCUUCAGCUGCUUGCAGUGAUGAAGAAGCACCCCCUGAAUUUCCAGUGAACAAUAAGAAUGAAACUUGUCUGGAGUUUCUUUCUGGGAGAGGCAGUCCUUCAACUGAUCACCAAGACAAUAUUUCUAGUUGUCAAGCUCAACCAGGUCUGGAAAUGACUCUACUAUCAGCAUCUUCUAUGAGUUCCCAGUGUGUUAACAACUCAGGCUUGGUACUCAAAGAGUUCCUCGAGUCAGGUGCCACUGCAGGAUCCUUACUCGGACAAUAUUCAUCUUUUGACCAUCCGUCGUCUUAUUACCGACUCAACGGUGCUAUAUCACCAUCAGAGGAUGAUGCAGAAAAUGGUGACCGCUUUGUGUUUUUGCCUUCCGGUGAUGGUGGCUUUCAGCAAAUAGUUGGCAUGACACCCCAAGCACAUAGUGUUCCAUAUUCAUCGAGAGCUUUUAGAGGUGAAACUUCUUAUAGCUUGGGGAUCUCUGUGCAAGAAGAGCGCGACAAUCUUGAAUCAUCCCCGGAAACAUCAAACUGUGGCUCUGAUGAUUCAGACAUAGGGAUCAUUGAAAAUCUCCCAGUUGGAGAAGAUGUGGGUACCAGUCAGAAUGAAGAAACAAAUGAAGGAAGACCUCCAUCAACAGAUAACAUGGAGUGUUUGACAGAAAGCCUUGUUUCUGUUUCUGUUUCUGCAGCUAACAUGUUGCUGGACGCCUCUGCUGUUGAAGGUUUCCAAGACUACCCUGAUAAGAUGUGUGACGGUAAUGGGGAUAGUGAUCAGGUGCCCACCAAUCCAGAAAAUCCCGUCUCUGUGCUUCAAGAUUCUGAUAUUAUAGAUAAUAGGGAGGUUGCUUGUGAUAAUGUGCCGAAGAAUGCUGAUGAUCAGGUUGCAGAGUCAUGUGGGCAAAGAGCUGCAAAAAAGCCGCGGCUGACACCACCUGAGGAUGAAAAUGCACCGAUGACUGGUGAUGAUCAUGUUGCAGAAUCAUGUGGGCAGUGAGCUACAAAAUGGGUCUGACUUGCACCACCACUGAAAGGGCAUGAAAUCUUGCACUCUCUGGGGGAAGAUCCCAUCAAAACCUUUCCCCUUGUAAGUAGGACUGGAGAUUAAUGGUUCGUUCCUUUUAUCCUCUUUCUUCUUUCUUGCUCGAGGAAUGAAAUAUGACACUGUGAAUAGUGUUGUGGUUAUUGAAUGUUGCUGGUGUAUGGAUGGACGGACCGAUGGAAAAAUGCUCAGGUAGUCUUUUGAUUGGAAAAUCAGUAAUUAAUCGACGAUCUCUUAACUUUUGAAGGAA